GAGUACUACUUAUCUAUGUAUAGUGGUUAUAUUCUCUUUGCCUAUCUACGUAGUGUGAAGCGCGAGCAGUUGCAUGGCUCGGUUAUACAAUGAGUGAGGGAGUGCGACGCAGUUCGCUUUCGGCGUUUCACAUUAAUUCAUAACUUGCUAGGUUACCAGCUGUAUCGUGUACUGUGCACGGCCGCUGGCCGCGCGCCAGUCGCAAGUCGUGAACCGUAGUUGUUCGUUAGCCACCGCGAUCUCCGCUUAUCACGACUCGCUGCUCGCAACAAAAUAUCAAAUUAAAUUUAUUUGCUGGCAAGUAAACAUGAUAUAGGGCGACUCAAGACAGUUUUUUGCCUAUGCCGAGUUUUUAAAUCAAAAUAUGAGGGACCAUUUGUUAUAUGUACGCGGGAUAAAUCUUGGCGGCACGCUGCUUGCCGUUUUUUGAGACACAAGUCCGUUUUAUCCGUAACACUGUGUGUAACUAUGCAACAAUGUGGUUUCUGCUCGCUGCUUUCUGGUUUAUUGCGGCGAGCAAUGUGCGUUGGAAGCCGACGUGGUAGCACCGAGUCCUACUACCGAGAGCUGGGAGACCAAGACACCCUGAAGAUCGAGGAUAAGCUGUCCAAUGUAUCCAAUGAUUCUGAGUAUAGUCAGGACGACAUGCUGAACUCGCCCUGCCUCUCAAUCUACCGCAUAGUCGAGAUAGAGUCCAUCGUAGGACGAGGUGUGUUCACGGGACGGUUUCUGACAAUGCAUAAACGCCGUAAAAAGCCAUUGGUCACAAGAUCACUGAGUACAGAGCGCGCGCUGCUUGACGAUCUGCAACACGGACAGGUGGAGUGCAUCCUGAUCCAGGCCGCGAUGUGGCAAUUCAAUGCAUUUACAUUAGAGACCGUCUCUGGGGGCCGCUGCCUCCCCGUGCUUUGCGUCCAUCUCUUUCAAAUCUACGGAUUGAUCACGCAUUUCAAGCUGGACGCCGCCAAGACGUGGAAGCUCUUCAGCCUCAUCGAGGAGGGCUAUCACAGCACAAACCCUUACCAUAACUCGGUGCACGCGGCGGACGUCACGCAGGCAAUGCACUGCUUCCUGCAGCAGAAACAAAUCCGUGAGCACUUGGAGCCAUUGGAGAUUAUGGCGUCCCUGCUGGCGGCUAUUGCGCAUGACAUGGACCACCCGGGCGUCAACCAGCCAUUCCUUAUCGCCACGUCCAACCACCUAGCGGCACUGUACCAUAACACUUCGGUACUGGAAAACCAUCACUGGCGUUCAGCCAUCAGCUGCCUGAUCCAGAGCGGCAUCCUGGACGAGAUGCCCGAGGAGCGUUCCAAGCUAGAGCAGCAGAUCAGCUCGCUUAUCCUGGCCACUGACAUCACGCGCCAGCAGGAAUACCUGAGUCGAUUUAAGCAAUGUUGUGAUUAAGAUAUACAUAUAAAAAUGUAAAGGAGUGUGUUUCUGUUUUACGGGUCUACGCAAUGACUAGAGGCCAGAGGUCGGACUUUGAAUGUACAAUGCAAUGUUAUCGAAUUUCAAUCUUUGUUAUGAGGUUGAUGCGUUGCAAAGUGAUCUGUUGUUUGUCGUUCGACUGUGCGGCCGGGUUGUUUCUGAUGGCGUCAUCGAAUAUUAAUUUCGUUAUGCUUUUAAUUAAUUAUAAAGACAAGUAGUCGGGCUUGUCGACUAUUAUGGAGGAAACGUCACUGCCUAUGUCCUCGUACUUUACUAAUAUAUCAACUGUCCUAGCGGAACAAUAUGAAGCACAGAUGUAAUACGUUAUUUGGUAUAAAGUAUACUAUCACGGAAUCGGAUUAUUUAAUAGGUUGAUGUAACAAAUAACUUUUUUUAAUGAAUAAUGCAACUGGUUUGUUUUUAGCUAUUAACUAAUGAUGACAGUCGUAUCAUGUGCCACGCUGUCCAGGAACAAAUGCAUUAAAUUUGCCCAGCCUACACUAAGUACUAACAAACUGCUAAAUAAUCCGUUUCCCUAAUAUUUAACUUUGAUGUGUUAUGAUAAAAUUAUUAGUCGUUAAGUUUGGAGUGAUAUUUAAAAUCAGAUCUAUUUUUUUUUACUUGGUGACUAUGAUAUUAAUUGAAAACCUGAAAAAAAUUAUGUCUUCGCGUUCAUAUAAAUAUCACUUCAAACCAAAUCUUUGUGUAAAUGACAUCAGUUAGUAUAUCACACAUUAAUCCAUUAUUUUUGUUCAGGUAUUUCGUCUCGCUGAAUCGCCUAAGUCAUCCCAGUCUAAUUAGGACGAUGGACGCCGAGCAUCCUUAUCACCGUCGUAAUAGAGUUUAAAUUUGUUGGCGUUCUAGAGGGUGUUAUGGUGAUGCACCUAAACAUCUGGAGCACCACCGCAACUCUAGUACCAGAGGCUUACAAACUUGCCUUUUGAGUGUAAAUAAAGUCACCGUUUACUCACGAACAAGUCUUUAUUUCAUAGAUUUGGACUCGGUAAAACACGGAAUUUAGUGGUGCAUCGUACCUGCAAAGGUAUUGUUAGAAGUAUAAUGAAAUUGUCGGUAUCGGGCAAGUAUGUUGUGUUAUGUACCUGGUUUGGGUUCUUCGUGCAGUCGACAGGGUGAGGUUAGCCAAUGAUGUCUACUGUACUUAUUAUUUUACCAUAAUCUCUAAAUGACAAUUUUGUUACGACACCCAGUACAAAUUUUAUUUUUAACACUAUUUUUAGUGGGUUUAUUUUUGCCAUAUCUUUUGAUAGAUUUACGGUAAGAGAUAGUGAUUAAAUAUAAAACAAAUAUGUCGGAUGUCGCACAAGUCAAGGUUGAUAUUAUAGGUCAAUUCCGAAUGAUGGAAAAAUACAAUCAAAUUUGCAUCAAGGUGAGUUAUGAGACAUUAUGUCUCGUCGGUAAACAUUGAUAAAAGUUAUUGAUUACAAGUGAUUGAUAUAUUUUUUAUUAUUUAAAGACACACAGACCGUGGCCUAUAAUCUGUUUCUGAAUGAACGUUGACUUAUGGGACAGCCAGUAUUUAAAUUAUUGCAUAAUGAUUUUGUUUUGAAAACGGUUUGUUUUCUUUGUCAUUUUUACGAUUGUGUUAUACCAAAAAUCGUAGUGCAAUGCGCUACAUUUAUUCCACUGGAUGGAAGUUAAUAUUAUGUUAACCACGCAAUGGAUUAGGAGUCUCAUUAUCAGUAACCUUUAGUAUUUCAAAGUUGUAUAGUCAUAGUUUUAAGUGCGCAUUUGAUUUAAGUUUGUAAGCGCUGUUUUUGGUUUAUGAAUCAAUAAGAUCAAUGCAGUAUUAUAGAUACGUUUUCGUCAUACAUAAUUAAGAUUACUUGGCGGUCGUCCAUAGACCACGCGACACAAAUUCGAAUUUAACCUUUUACACAUUUUAUCCUGUACAAUUUUCUUCUUUUUUUAUUGAGUCUCCGGCUUUAGCCGAAAAUGGCACAUGGCGUGGUUUGUGGACGUCGAAUCCUCAUCAGACUUGGUCUCAAAGCUUUGCGCUUAAUAAAUAACGCCCAUAGCGCUUAUCGCCAGUAAGAUAAUAUAUUGUUCUAAUGUAUUUACUAUUUCUUUGUAUGGCAAGUUUGUAAUACGAUGUAAGCUUACAAAAACUGCACGAUUCUAAAUGAAAAAAAGUUGUUCAGGAGCUACACUGCGUCACUGCCAUCGCGAUGUGGGCGUGCGAGGGAGACGACGAGAGGUUUCCGUUAGGCGCCCUCACUUGUUUAUAUAUAUAUGAAUAUGAACUGCCGCCUUUUAUCAGAUUCACUUGCUGUUACGUAAUCCUUAUAGUUUAUAUAAAAUCAAUUACGAGAAACUAAUCUAUUUCAUUGUGGGUUUUAAAAAGGGUCGUAUGUUUGCUUGUUUAAUAUCACGUAGCCGUUUUUAUUAUAUCCAUUUUCAAGAUUAUUAUACUAUAAGCAUAGAUGCCCUUUUUAGUCCAAAAUGUAAAUCUCCUUGUUGUUAAUUCUCUGAUAUGGUCUUUCAUAAAAGCUUUUAUAUAGUAUUUAUAGCUACCCAAUUAAAAAUAUUGUGAUAUUGUCGCUUUCUUCACGCUAUUAAUUAUAAUUAUUCUGUCCAUAACCAACUGGUUAAACAAUGAAGACAAUGCAAGUAGAAAUUUCCCACAUAUUACUGAUAGAGCAAAAUUGCUUAACUGCCUCUCCUAUUGUCACAAUUUCAUCUCUUUUUAUCAGUAGUACGUAGAAAUGCUUAUGUGCGCCCUAAACAUCCUAAAUGUAUAGUAUGAACUGACUUUCUCAGUAAUCGUGUAAUAUUAAUAGAAAAUAUUAAUAAUGUUUAGUUUGAUAGAACAAGCGGCAAAGACAGUCGACGGGUAUUAACAUUUGGUUUUUAAUUGUAGUUCUUAUGGACUAGGGUGGAUUAUGGACACCAGCCUUACGAAAUUAAAAACCUAUUUUUCUCAUUUCUGUAAAACUUAACUGUGCCCGAAAUAAGGACAAACAGGUAUGUUGUAAACUAAAGCCCCGUUUAUUAUGAUACAUAGUGUAAUAUACGUGUUAGUUUAAGGCGAUAAACCACGGUCGACGCUGGCACGUCGCCUACGCUACUCUUAAUUUAAAGUAAUUGUGAGCCGGCUGUCUUUACGCUUCUGUAAAUUAAUCUGAAGCACACUAUAUAGUUUUUAUGCUUCUACAUUGUAGUAUAUAGUUUAUAAGCUUAGCGUGUUUACAUGUAAAUAUAUGUUGUACAACAGCCCGCGUUGGAUGCUCAUGUGUGGGUAUUGGAUGCACGCGACGUCAUGAUUUUGUGAGUAUACAUGAAUAUAAUAUAUAUUUCUGUAUAUUAUUCAGUUGUCGCCUAAUUUGACAUUAUAGUGUAAAUUAUGUUUCACUUUUAAAGUAGGACGUUUUGAUUAUGGAAGGUAAUGACGAGAGUGAAUUGUCAAAAUUAAUUUCAUUAAAUAGAAAAGUAUCGCAACAGUUCUACUUAUUUUUCUCAGUCGUCUAAUAAUACUAACGUAAUUUAUUUUGCUUGUUUAGCAUAUUAAUUGACAAAUCGGCGCGGUGCGGAGAAAAUUAGGUCAAGGUUGUGGGUGCGGGUUGAAUCGCCGUGUUAGUAUAAUUAUGUAUCUAACUUUGUGUGAUUCAUAAAUAUUUGGCUUGAGAGUCGUAGGAUCAUAAGUUCUUCGCAUUUUUUGCUACUUAAGACACAAAACGUAUCGUUGAUAACGUACUAUAGACGGACGAUCUCUGUUGUAGUUAUUAUAUUUAAAAGAAUAAGUUAAUUCUGGAAAUUAUAUAGGUCAAUCCCACUAUUCAUAGACAUUUUUUAUCUAAAGACGGAGCAAAACUGUAAUAGCACGUCAGGUCAGUCAGUCAACAAGAAGUUUCUUAGUGCUGACAUUGUUGUAUCUCAAUAAAGUUAAAAAAUGCCAUUGGGCACUGAGAAACAGACUUGCUAUCACAGCAUUACUCCGUUCUUGGAUUAAAAACGGGGGUAGUGUUAUGGGGAUAAUGGGGGUAGGGUUUAAUCGUUGACGCCGCGUGCACGCUAUAAUAUAGGUAAAUUAGUAUUGUAUUCAAUACGAUUCCGAUUUGAGAGCAUUUUUCGGUAAUCCAACGUUCAUGAAACAUUAUUAAAAUUCCUACCCAAUUUUUUUGUCUGAAAUAAUAAUACUAUGCGUUUGAUUUUAAUGUGACGAAAUCAUUUAACUGCGACGCAUUAAAAUAAUGAAGGAAAUUAACUGAACUAAAUAUUAUUUAUUACCUAUACAAGCUCUCACUCUGCCGCCAUCUUAGUUCCAAUAAGAUAAUGCAAGUAAAAUAUGUUGACUCUAAUAACGUAUUCGUACUCACAUAUUGGCUUUAUUCUGUUCUGAUCAUGCCUAGGAACUAAGACGGCAAAGCGGCGUUGGAAAUUUUUAGUGUAUGCAAAGGGGAUUAAAACGAACUACAUACGUAUUAGUAGGAUGAUUUGUAAUUUUUGGUACUGUAAUAUUCAUUUUGGAAUAUUUAUAAUUUUUUUAUUUCUUUUUAACGUGUCGCGAUAGUGGUAUUUUGUGACCGUAAGUGCAUAAUAUGUACCUAAUGUCCUGCUUAGACGGCCAUAUGAAAAUGAAUGGCGCAGAUUGACCGGAUUGACGCGGAUUAGCGUCAAAUCGGAUUGACUGAGAAUUACCAUUGUGUUCUGGGACUGAAUGCUUCUCAUCGUUCUGGAUAAAGACACUAAACUUGCUCCUCACGAUGGGUCACGUUUAUUGUGGGUGUAUACGUACUUACUUAUUAGCGUAAAAAAUAUUAAUGAUAUCUUAUGAUAUAAACAAUAUCCAAUUACUUAUAUGUUAUUUGAUUAAACAGUUUUUAAUUUUUGUUUUAAUUUACUAAUCAGCCUCUAUAUGUAUAUGGGUUUAGGAAUCCCCUUUUGCAUCACUCUGUAUAUGUGUACCUUAACUUAGUAUAUAGAUGGAAAUACGUGCUCAAUGUUUCCUAGUAUUAUUCGAUGUACGAUAGCGUUAUUUCUGAUCGCACAAUAAUCAUUAAUUUAUGUAUGAUUAUAUUGAUUCUAUUUAGGUUUUACAUUGCCAUAAAGGAGUAAAUAAAACGCAGUCCACUUUCUAUAUUAACAGAUUUUUUUUGAACAUGCUUCUAGUACCUAACUUAAGGUAAAAAAAAUCUCGAUUUUGUUUGCAUGAUAAUGAUAUUUAAGGACCGAGAGAGUAUAUUAGUAGGGAGCAUUCGGGUCCAAAGAACGGCAUUCCUCGUUAUAGUUAGACCGCAGGCCGGCUGAUGUACGACAAUAUCGAAGGUUCUGGACCCGACGCCCUUGUCUCUGGCUUCGCGGAUCUCCGUCUUCCUUGUCUUGGAGGUUAAAUGAACAUAUUGGCCAUGGAGGCUCGGCACGCGGGAGACUACGGCAGCUUAUUAUGUACGACGACGUGUGUAUAGUGUAACGCCGCACGGCUAUGAAUAAGUCACAAGUGUUUAAGUUAUAAACGAUCUUAAGUAAAGUUGCGUUAGUGGUGUUUAUUGUGUUUCGUUUGUAUGCAGGAUUUGUCCUGUUAUGUGUUCGAGUUGGUUUAUAUAAAAAUUUUGUUUCUGUUUAUAAGUGCUCUUCUUACCGGUGUUUUUUUGCGGAUGUUGCCAGUUGGCAAGGGCUAUGUAAUGUAUAAAUUUUGUUGGGUUCAAUUAUGGUAGGUAUACUUAUAGUAAUCGAUAUAAGAUUUGUUCCAAUAUGUUAUUGAUAACAGGACAGUCCUCGCCUUGCCUAGUCUGUUGCUUCAUCUCCAUAACGCGAGAGUGAAACUGUCAAUAUAUUUUUUUUUACGUAUCAUAAUGUACCUAUACAUGUACACAUUAUACCAAGAAAUGAAGUAUGUUUAAUUUGUUACAACUCACAUUACCUAUAUUUGAAAUGUCUAACAUAAAACACAAUUCAUUGUAAAACUUUCUUAUAGUCAUAGACAAAAUAUGAUUUUAUUACGGUGAGCUGAGGUAAAUUUGAAAUUUGUAACAAUAUUUUAGAUGUUAAGAGCUCAAAAGUAUUUUAAUAUUUAUAUAUAUUCUAUUUAAUCCUAAACAUGAUACUUUCAGUGUUUUUAUUGUUUUUGAGACGUACAUUGCGAAUGUAGUUGUAGUUGAUUUACAGUAACGAUGAAUAUAAACGGCGUACUUAAUUUUGUUUUGUUUUGAUAAGAUUUUUUAUCUUUUUAUUACUGUUAAUUAAACGAGCUUUCGAACACACCGAUGUGCAGGCCAGUUGAGGAGUGACUGACUUUAUAUUCGUUCAGGAAUUUUAUAUUUGAAAAUCAUAACUAUUAUAUGAUUAGGGGAAUAAGAAACAUAUGGAAAGCAAAUUAAUAUAAUUUCUUUUUAAUCAUAUAAAUAUAUACUUUUAAAAAAAUUAUAAGAUUUAAUGGAUAACAAAAAUAUAUUCUGAUGCCUAACGUUCUUUAUAAAACAUUUGGAAACUGUACAUCGGAAUUCGUAAGUCAUUCAAUUGAGACCUAAUAAAAAUAUAUGUAAUGAUUACAUAAAGCUCAAUUAAAAUUUCAAAAGUACUGAAUGUUUAGAAUAACGAACCCCGGAAACAUCUCACCCCAUACUACGGAUACUUUAUAUGACGGAAGCUCCCCAACGUAUCUUCGAAUUUAAUAUUUUCAUUAGUAUCUUUACCACCUAAGCGGGCACUCGGCCCUGACUUGUAUUUAAUUAAAUUUUGAAGACUGCAUUUAUUUGAUAUUUAAAUAAUUAUAUAUCUGAUACAUAUUCAAAUGUAGUCGACACGUUGUAUAAGUAUUAGAGCCGAUCCUGAUGACAGUGACCAGAAGAUGAGGAACUUAAUUUAAUUGGCCGUUUACAUGAAAUUCACGUUUGUAUGCGCAUUAACUACAUGUAUUUUCGUAAUAAUUAUAUAAAAAAAUUGAUAAUCUGCAGACGUUUUGACAGAAAUAUCCGCGGCGCACAAAUUGCUUUUCACGCGUCAAGUAAACGGGUACUUACAUUUAAAUAAGGCUUCUCGCAAAGAGAUAUAUUCGCGACUACGCCACAUCGCGGACUGUGCCAUGAAGCGUCAAACUUUAAGACUAUGAUCGUUUGACACUCCGGAUCCGCCAAUAUUUGUGAGUAGCUUUGAUUUACUGGGUCAGUGUCGCAGGAACGCUCUUCUUAGCUAUAUAUAUAAUGUAGUUGUUAAGGAUUGAUGUAACCUGUAUUACUACUAUCUUGAAGAUCGGUGUUUAUUCCGUGUCGCAUUCUCUUGAUUGUGAAUAAAAUUGUUUAAAAAUA